CGAAGGAUGAGCCACGCGAGGUGAAAGUAGUCCUGGCUGCAUUAUAAACAUCUGGCUUUCGAGCUCACCCGCGGUGAUAUGCAUGACUACCAGACGAAGAGCUCAGGGAUGUCGUUUCUGUUCUCGCGUGGACCCUCCCGAAGGGCACCCAUGCUCUGCAUCAUCGCGCUCCUCUUCCUCCUCGUCCUCUACCAGCUGGGGAUCAUCUGCAACGCCCCGAAGGAGCCUACCCCCGUUAUGCUGGCUAAGGAGAAAUACGUGGUUGGACCGAACGACCAAAAGGUUUAUCCGUACGACCGCAACAUGCCGCUCAUCUUCAUUGGUGGUGUUCCCCGCUCAGGAACAACGCUUAUGCGUGCCAUGAUGGACGCUCAUCCGGAAGUCAGAUGUGGCCAAGAGACAAGAAUAAUUCCUCGUAUUCUUCAAAUGCGGUCACAUUGGCUGAAAUCCGAAAGGGAGAGCGUCCGUCUCGAGGAGGCUGGAGUAUCUAAAGAGGUGAUGGACAGCGCGAUCGCAGCAUUUUGCUUAGAAGUGAUCGCAAGGCACGGCGAACCCGCCCCACGACUCUGCAACAAAGACCCAUUGACGCUCAAGAUGGGCUCUUACGUCCUCGAUCUAUUCCCCAACGCUAAAUUCAUAUUUAUGAUUCGUGAUGGACGGGCGACUGUUCACUCCAUAAUAUCGAGAAAGGUCACGAUAACGGGCUUCGACCUUUCCUCCUAUCGCCAGUGUAUGAUCAAGUGGAACCAGGCCAUCACGAUGAUGUACAAGCAAUGCAAGGACGUCGGUCCCGAGCGCUGCCUCAUGGUACCCUACGAGCAGCUCGUGCUGCAUCCCCGUGAAUGGAUGCAGAAGAUCCUGCUCUAUUUGGACGUACCUUGGAACGAGUCUGUCCUUCAUCACGAGGAAUUCAUCAAUAAACCCGGCGGCGUCCCCCUCAGCAAGGUGGAGCGCUCGUCGGACCAAGUGAUCAAGCCAGUAAAUCUCGAGGCACUAACCAAGUGGGUCGGCAACUUCCCCGAGGACGUUGUGCGGGACAUGGCGGAGAUUGCGCCGAUGCUCUCGGUUCUCAAUUACGAUCCAUAUGCCAAUCCACCGGAUUACGGAGCACCCGAUAAAGUUGUUAGUGACAACACACGAAAGGUCCUGACGAACGGCCAGGUAUGGCAGAACAUGGCCCGGGAGCUGGAGCUCGUGGACACGUCGACUUUCUCGUCGGCCAACGGGACGAAAGCGUGACGACCGUCGGCGCCGUCGUCGCUACUCGACGCAUCCAGAAUUUAUGAUACUCGCGCCUCCGGACACAUAUAAGCGCGGGGAUACGCGUAGUCCUUUCGUGUACUCUUUCACCCGAGGUGCUGCAACCGAGAGGACGACUAAUUAGUUAUGGCAGCACGUCUGCGUGUCUAGGGAGGGGAAGGGCUUCGAUACGCUUACCACCGAUGGAAUUAGAAUUUUCGAGAAUGUGCGCGAUGUGUCUAGAGGAAUAUCGUUGUACUUGGAUUAUAAUUUUAAUGUACGUAUUUUUUUUUUUU